GACUCAUAGACUUCAUAGCUGAGGUGGACCUUACCUCAGCCCUGACCCGGAAGAUCACGCUGAAGACACCGCUGAUCUCCUCCCCCAUGGACACUGUGACAGAGGCUGACGUGGCCAUCGCGAUGGCUCUGAUGGGACAUACUGGUUUCAUUCACCACAACUGCACCUCAGAGCUCCAGGCCAAGGAGCUACGGAAGGUCAAGAAGUUUGAACAGGGCUUCAUCACGGACCCCAUGGUGCUGAGCCCCUCCCACACUGUAGGUGAUGUGCUGGAGGCCAAGAUGCGGCAUGGCUUCUCUGGCAUCCCCAUCACUGAGACGGGCACCAUGGGCAGCAAGCUGGUGGGCAUCGUCACCUCCCGAGACAUCAACUUUCUCGCUGAGAAGGACCACACCACCCUCCUCAGUGAGGUGAUGACGCCAGGGCUCGAGCUGGUGGUGGCUCCAGCAUGUGUGACAUUGAAAGAGGCAAAUGAGAUCCUGCAGCGUAGCAAGAAAGGGAAGCUGCCUAUCAUCAAUGAUCGCAGUGAGCUAGUGGCCAUUAUCACCGGCAGCGACCUGAAGAAGAACCAAGACUGCCCUCUGGCCUCCAAGGAUUCCCACAAGCAGCUGCUGUGCGGGGCAGCUGUGGGCACCCGUGAGGAUGACAAAUAUCGCCUGGACCUGCUCACCCAGGUGGGCGUCGACGUCAUAGUCUUGGACUCGUACCAACGGAACUUGGUGUAUCAGAUCGCCAUGGUGCAUUACAUCAAACAGAAGUACCCCCACCUCCAGGUGAUUGGCAGGAACGUGGUGACAGCAGCCCAGGCCAAGAACCUGAUUGACGCUGGUGUGGACGGGCUGUGUGUAGGCAUGGGCUGCGGCUCCAUCUGCGUCACCCGGGAAGUGAUGGCUUGUGGUCAGCCCCAGGGCACUGCUGUGUACAAGGUGGCCAAGUAUGCCCGGCGCUUUGGUGUGCCCAUCAUAGCCAAUGGCGGCAUCCAGACCAUGGGGCACAUAGUCAAGGCCCUGGCCCUUGGAGUCUCCACAGUGAUGAUGGGCUCCCUGCUGGCCACCACCACGGAGGCCCCUGGUGAGUACUUCUCAGACAAGGUGUGGCUCAAGAAGUACUGGGGCAUGGGCUCACUGGAUGCCAUGGAGAAGAGCAGCAGCAGCCAGAAACGAUACUUCAGCAAGGGGGAUAAGGUGAAGAUCGUGCAGGGUGUCUUGGGCUCCAUCCAGGACAAAGGGUCCAUUCAGAAGUUCGUGCCCUACCUCAUAGUGGGCAUCCAGCACGGCUGCCAGGAUAUCGCGGCCCACAGCCUGUCUGUCCCUCGGUCCAUGAUGUACUCAGGAGAGCUCAAGUUUGAGAAGCGGAUCAUGUCGGCCCAGAUCGAGGGUGGCAUCCAUGGUCUGCACUUUUAUGAAAAGCAGCUGUACUGAGGACAGCAGUAGAGGCCAAGGUGAUGGAGGGGGCACAGCCUCCCUCCAUAACUGAGUGGUCCACAGAUUUGCUUUACGGGUUCCCCAGCUCCUUUCCAGGGAGAGAGGAGGGGAGGCCCUGAGGGGUCUCCGGGCCCUCGCUGGGCAUCCCCUGCAGAGUCAGGACUGCUCCCUGGGCCAGGCUGCCCUGGGAGCCCCCCGAGCCCAGCCAGCCAGGUUCUCAGGCCCUGCACCUGCCUCAGGUCUUUCUUGCUGCAGCCUGCUCCAGCCCAGCCCCCAUCCCAGGGGCAGGCAGCCCCUCCUGGUUUCUCCUGUAGGGCACCUCCCUGCCCCCAGCCCCCCCAGGAAAUGUUGCUCUCCUGGCCCUGCCUCUGGCCCUUCCUGGGCCGCUGCCCCCUCAGCCAUGUAGCACUUCUGAGCUCCUGACCUAGACCAAGGGGAGGUCUCUGCCCUCUUCCCCGGCCCUGGGCUACCCUUGGGUCCUGCUUCUCAGGCCACUCCCCUGUCCCUGGCCCUGGGGAGGAGGCUGCCCUGGUCAUGGCCACCUGCCUGUCAUUCCUGACUCAUCACCGUCCCCAGUGAACCAUUCCUGCCCUCUCCUCAGCUGCAGUUGAAGGCUUUAACUUUGCACACUUUGGGAUCACAGUUGCAUCAUUGUGUGUUAAGUAAUUGGAAUAAAUCAAGCAGGUCUCAAUGCCAAAGAAAGAAAGAAAG